UCUCAUUCACCUAUAAUUGUUUUUAUUUAUUUAUUUAUAAUAAAAGUGUUAAAGGAUUCUAAGGAUUCUUGUCAACAUAUCUCUCUCUCUUUGAUUUCUUAAUAGUUAGUAGCCAUGGCUGAAACCAAGAAUCAACAAGGCUUUGUUUUUUCCGGCAAGAAAAGAUCAUCGACAGGGCAAGAUGGUGAUGAUGAUUUUAUUGUUGCUAAUAAGAAAUCAAUGUUAUCUACAGGCUUGCCUUCCAUGUGGGAGGACCCAGCUGCAGCGUUAGCUUCCGCAAGGCAUGAAUUUGGUGAACAUGGUGGUGUUAACAUGUCUAUUGAGGCGUCUGCCACCUUCACUGUCAUGGAGCCUGAGACCAUGCGCCGUAUGUUUGCUGGCGAGCUUGGUCCUGACCGGGACUUCUUCAUAUACAGCCGGCACUUUAAUCCCACUGUUUUAAAUCUUGGCCGUCAGAUGGCUGCCCUUGAAGGCACUGAGGCUGCCUAUUGCACCGCCAGUGGCAUGUCUGCUAUAUCAUCUGUGUUGCUACAACUUUGCAGCAGUGGGGGCCACAUGGUGGCAUCAAGAACUCUCUAUGGUGGGACUCAUGCAUUACUAACCCAUUUCUUACCAAGGGCAUGUAACAUAACGACAACGUUUGUUGAUAUCAAUGAUCACGAGAUGGUGAAAAAUGCAAUGGUUGAAGGACAGACCAAAGUUCUGUACUUUGAGUCCAUGUCUAACCCAACUCUGACUGUUGCUAACAUCCCUGAACUGAGUAGAAUAGCCCAUGAUAAAGGGGCGACAGUUGUGGUGGACAAUACUUUUUCUCCGAUGGUUCUGUCCCCGGCUAGACUAGGAGCUGAUGUGGUUGUGCAUAGCAUCUCCAAGUUUAUUAGCGGUGGAGCCGAUAUAAUUGCAGGUGCUGUUUGUGGUCCAGCCAACCUGGUGAAUUCAAUGAUGGAUCUUCAGCAUGGAGCCUUGAUGCUUCUUGGUCCCACAAUGAAUGCCAAGGUUGCCUUUGAAUUGUCAGAGAGGAUUCCUCAUUUGGGGUUGAGGAUGAAGGAACAUUGCCACCGUGCAAUGUUUUACGCCACCAAAAUCAAAAAUCUAGGCCUCAAUGUCAUUUACCCAGGCCUUGAAGAUCACCCUCAGCACGAGCUCUUGAAGUCCAUGGCAAAUAAAGAAUAUGGGUUUGGUGGGCUGCUUUGCAUUGACAUGGAAACUGAGGAAAAGGCUAAUCGUUUGAUGAACCACUUGCAAAACUGCACUCAAUUUGGGUUCAUGGCAGUGAGCUUGGGCUAUUACGAAACCCUUAUGUCCUGCUCUGGUAGUAGCACUAGCAGCGAAUUGAAUGACAAGGAACAGGCACUGGCUGGCAUUUCACCAGGACUGGUGAGAAUUUCUGUGGGAUUCGUUGGCACUUUGGCUCAGAAAUGGAGCCAGUUUGAGAAGGCUUUUUCAAGACUGCAGGAUUCGGGAUUGUACAAGAAUUGAGCUCAUGUCCAAUGUUUCAUCAAGUGUUGUUGGGCGGUCACUUGGUUGGGUUGUCGUUUAAAAAAGAGUGCUGAGUACCUUUUGUGUUCAUACAGUUUAUGCUCUGGAUGUUAUGGACAGUAUAAUAAUGGAUCUCCUGUUCCGUCUUUGAGUUCAAAUCAUUAUGUGUGUUGCUUGCUAAUGUUCCAUGAGGCCUUGAGCUGUUGAAAACAUUCCUUCCAUUCCCAUCUUAAAUAAAUGAUUAUGACCAUUUUGAUCCAA